GUGUCGGGUGCGCGCGCGCGUGAGCCUUGCAGCUGAAAGGGGCGCGCUCUUCCUCUGUGUUGGGGUUCGGUGUUUCUGGGGGUUCGUGCGGCUGGCAGGGAGGCUUUUGGGGAUGGCGGGCUCGGUGGAGAAGGACGAGGUGGUGUCGCUGGAGCUCCCCGCUCCCCCCGGCUGGACCAAGAAGUAUUUGAUCAAGAAAGGUGGGACUCCUAAGAAAAAUGAGAUUGUCUUCACUGCACCAACUGGAGAUGAGAUCACCAACCGGAAGCAAUUGGAUCAGUACCUCAAACAACACCCAGGUGGUCCAGCUAUAACAGAGUUCGACUGGGGCACUGGUGAGACUCCUAGGAGAUCAGCCAGAAUCAGUGAGAAGGCAAAAGCAACUCCUUCGCCUGAAAUUGAAAGCCCAAAGAAAAAAGCGAGGAGGACAUCAGCUUCCAAGAAGGACAAGAAAGAAACUGCAGCUGCUCCUGAAGGGACUGAGGAGAAGAAAGAAGUUGACAUGGCAAAUGCCGAAAAUACUGAAAAGGAUAUAGCUGAGACUGAAAAGGAAAAGGAAGCUCCUGAGGAAAAUCAGGAUGAGAAUAAAGAAAGAGUUGAAGAUGGUGAUGUUAAGACUGUUCAAACUGAAGAGCCAACAGAGGGAGCCAAUUCGGGCAAAGCUGAGGAAGCUAAGGAAAACAAGGCAGAUGCUGUUGGAUGUGAUAAAGAAAAUGAGAAAGCAGAAGAUGUGGAGCUGAAGGAGAAGGUCAAGCAACCACAAGUUGAGACAGAGAAAGUGGAUGGUCCUGGUGAAGUUAAAAAAGCAGAAGAAACUACUGGUGUGGACAAAAUGGUUGAUGGAGAAGAGAGGGAUCAAAUCAACCAGAGCGCUCCUGAACCUGAAUCUGAUAUCAAGGAGAAAACAGCACCAAAUGGAAGUGCUGACGACCCAAACAAGUUAGAUGUUCACGAGAUGGGCAAAAAGGUGGAUGGCGAAGCGAUCGAGAAUGGAAACCGUGGAAGCGGACCUGGAGAGGUUGUGGCUUGAGACUUGAGAGCCUUCUGUGAUUAUUAGUCUGUUUAGGCCGCUUCUCUUUCCUUUAGGUUUGUGGGUACUUUUGAAAUGACUGUAGUUUGAUGGUGUAGCUAUCUGAUUGGUUCUGUACACAAUCACAGAUUAGGUCUCUGUAGUUACUCUAAUGUCGUAUCGUGUAAUGACUACUGUAACAUUAUGGUGUCGGAUGUCGACAAUGUUAUGUAGCUAUGUAUCCAAUAAGUCUUAUGUA